AUGAAGAUCAGCAUUUUCACAGCGCUCGCUCUCGCUGCUGUAAGCGUCCAAGCCCAGAACCCAGGCGCCAGUAAGAAUGUCGCUCUUCCAAACAGCCGCUCUGCAGCCCAAAGAACCACCACGAAUGCGAAUGCUGCCCCUCCCAACUGGGGCAACAUUCACUGUGUCGAAGCCUCUACAGGACAGCGACACAUCUUCGGGAGGUGGCCCAACCUCUGGGGUCAGGUACGCGCCUCGGGGGCAGAGGUGCAGGGCGACUACUACACGUAUCCGCUCAUUAUUGAGCUGGAGGAGAUGUACCCCCUAGAGGCGUGGUCCUUCGCGGGUUACUGGAGCAGCGCGCUCCCGUGGCUCGGCGCCAUGGCACUUUCACCCGAGCAGGCGCAGAUGGGUCCUGGCUCGCCCAACUUCGGAGUCUUCACCUUCACAGACGUAACCCCCGUCGGCGCAGGCCCCGCAAACGGGCCUACCGCCGCUGGGUACACGAUCCCGCAGUACGCGGAGGGUGUCAGACAAAGCGCUAUCUGGAACUAUGACCGCGCUACGCAGACUGUCAAACCUGUCUGGAUCAACCCGGACGGUACAGCUCUGAAUGUCACUAUCCACUAUGACGCUCGCGAACCUGGCUUCUUCUUCACCGGCGAUCCAGACGCCUACGCCGCGAAGUAUGGUGUUGAUUUCAUCGAAUGCACGCUCACAUUUGUGCCUAUCCCAUGGACUGUGGCUUGA